AUGAUCCAAUUCAGCAAACCUCGUCGCUCCCUCAUCAAGUCCAUGGACCAGUUUUGUCGCCACGAGACAAAUGCACGGACCUACAUUCCUAGCACUGGAGGUGCAGGCAGAUCUGGAACACCAAGUCGCUUCGAUACUAGUUUCUACCGCACUCAUGAUGCUCUCGGAUACAUCCCGUCUGACCGGCUGGUAGAUUUGGUAUACCCCGUGGCUCCGGGGGUGUUGGGAAGCGCAGCGCAUACGGUAGCUACGCCAGUUCCAUCAUCUCUCGGAUUCUCUCCGGAUGCUGGACUGCCAAGCACCGCAAGCAUUGGCGGUUCUGCCAUGGCAUUCUCGCAGUCAGACCGUUUACAGAGGUGUGGCUCCUUCUCCUAUGCUGCUGGUGCUUCUUACAUGGCCAGCGUGAGUGGAUAUGAUCACAAGAGCCAGGGCGGUACGAUAGACCUCGACGACGUGAAGAGCCAGUAUGCGGGGAUGCAAUCAGGCGUGACUAAUUGCCCCGCGAUGGGGAAACGAGUUUGCUUCCAUCGUGGUAUGCGGAUAGACGCCCAGAAAAUUGUAUAA